AUGCCAGAGUCCACAAACUACAUUCCACCCUUAAGCUUUUCUCCAGUAGUGAGUACUGAUGUGUCUCUAUAUAGAUCAGGGUAUCCAAUGCCCUUAAACUUUCCCUUUAUUAGGGACCAACUUCACCUGCGAACCAUUAUUUACGUCGGCGAUAAACAAGAGCUCUCACAAGAAUAUCAAGAUUUCUUGGCCACAGAAAAUAUCAAAUUUCACAACAUAUUCAUGGACUCGUGCCGUGAUCCAGCUGUAGAUGAACGUAUGAACGAAGUACUAAAGCUCGUUCUUGACAUCGAUAAUUAUCCAAUCCUGAUUCACUCGAAUAAGGGCAAACACAGAGUUGGCGUCGUAGUAGGUAUCAUUAGAAAGGUUUUACAGGGCUGGUCACUUACGGGAAUAUAUCAGGAAUACGGAAUCUUCUCAGGUGGCCUCAAAGGGGAAGCCGACAUGGAGUACGUAACAAUGUUCGAAACUUGUCUCAAGGUACCGAAAGAGAAGGUUCCAAGAUUUGCUAUAUUUUGA